ACAAAUUUUUAAUUUUCAAGAAGGAAUCAAAUUAUUAUUGUUAAAUUAUGAGACGACGUGCUGGAGUUGGUGCAAUUCACAAGCAAAAGCUUGAAGCUGAGAGAUAUAAAGAUAAAGGCACUGAAAUUCAGGAAAAUCAGUUCGAGCAAAUGACGAAACAAAUGGAGUUUCUGAAAACGAAUCUUGAAGAAUUUGCUGAUAAACAUAAAAAUGAAAUAAGAAAGAAUGCAACUUUUCGAAGACAGUUCACUGAAAUGUGUGCUGCAAUUGGAGUUGAUCCACUUGCAUCAGGAAAAGGUGUUUGGAGUGUUUUGGGAAUGGGCGAUUUUUAUUUCGAACUCAGCAUUCAAAUUGUUGAAAUAUGUUUAGCUCUUGGUGAGUCCACAGGAGGAAUGUUAGAGAUAAGUGAACUUAAGGAACGUUUGUCACGAUCACGACGCCAGAAAUCAAAACAACAAGAAAUAACAAUUGAAGAUAUUUUGCUUGCAUCAAAGAAGUUAAAAAUAUUUGGAAAUAGUUUCCAAGUUCAUCCUUUAGGAAAGAAUCGUUUCAUCAUUCAAUCGAUUCCAGGUGAAUUAAGUCUCCAGGAAACUAAAGCUUUAACUGUAGCUGCAAAUCAAGAAACUGGUUCAAUAACUAAGUCGUUGCUUAUGAAAGAACUUGGAUGGAAUGAACUUCGAACACAACAGGCAACUGAAAAACUAAUAAGUGAAGGUCUUGUUUGGAUUGACGAACAAAAUGAAUAUGAACCCAGCUAUUGGUUUCCAAGUUUAUUCCCUGAUAGAAAAAAUGUUGAGUAAUUUUGAAGCAUAUUUCAGUAAAGUCUUUAUUUUGCAAUUUAUCUUCCUUUGCCGCAAAUUUAUUUAUUUGAAAUUAAAUUUAUUUUCUUAGCUACAGUUUUACAGCCGAAGUUUGUAUAGUUUAUCAUUUUGAGUUCAUCUAUUUCAAUCGGUGAAAGUUUCACUUUGUACAUCUUUUCAUGAAACUCAAUGCAUUUCUCCAAAAGUUCUUUAGUGAACGGAUGAAAGUCAAUUAUCACAAAAUUAUUUAAAGCCUCUUCUAGUUCAAUGGAAUUUGGAUUUUUGUUAAAUAUCACAAUAAAAACGAUUUUAUAAAGAUUUUGUUUAGCAAGUCGAUGAAGACUUCGAUCCAGUUUUGCAAUUCUAUUAAUUGUAGUACUUUCGUUGUCAACGUCGUCGAUGACAAUCAAGUUGAAGCCGCAAUCAGAGAGAUGUGAAGUAACAAUUCUCAAAUCAUCAUCGAAAGCUUCUUUUCCUUGCAGGUCAGCAUUAAAAUUAAUAUCAAAAAUGAAGUUAACUGUGUUAUGCUUCCAUUUCCAAUUGCUAACAAUGAUGUUGGAUGCCAAAGAUUUUCCUACUCCUGUUCCUCCAAUGAAAGCCAUUUGAAUGAUUUUCUCACGAUUUGCUAAAUUCAAGCUAGCUUUAAUUAAACUUAUUGCAUCAUCUUGUCCUACUAUGUUUUUCUUAAGUUCCUCUACAAUCUUUUCACUUUCUAUCGAUCGAUAACAAUAUUUUCCGUCACCAUGAACAAUUUUAUUGAAAUUGUUUUCAUAUGUCGCCCAAAAUCCGCAGCUACUUAUGCUUAUGUUUGAAAUAAAAUAAGACCCGAUCAAGAAAACAGCAGCAAGCAGCAUCCAACUUUUCCAUCCUCUUUUGUUCUCUUCUACUUUACUGUCAUCUGAGUCAGUACUGUCAGCUUCGCGAGGCUUUAUUGAUUUCUUAACUAACGAUCGCAAUUUUCUCGGUGGCGUUUUCUUAACCUUAACUACUGAUGGCUCCGAUUUUAUUGAAAUUGUACUAAGAUUUGACAAUUGCUUCAAUAAUUUACUGCUUUCUCUUUUCAAUUCACUGUGAUUUUGAUCAAGAUUUUCACUCAUUUUUGUCCUUCUGAUUUUGACUAAAAUUUUGCUAUAAAAUAAUU